AUGGCGUGUAUGCUACUAAGGAAAACAAGAUCGCGAGAAGAAUCGAGCCUCGAUAAUGCUACGGCUAGGAAAGAAUUAAAUCCCAAUUCUGGAAUUCUUUCCGAUGUAUUUCCUAUGUUGCGAAAUCCUCGAUCUCCGGGACAAAUUCAAACAAUCCAGAAAUCCUUUCAGAGUAUGGUCCACGAACCCCGGUCUAAAAAACAACAAUAUCAACCCCGCGAUCGUUCGAAACGUUUAGUAAAACGUUUAAAAGCCCGUUCGAUUGUCGGAUCAACGUAUGAGGUGGACGAUAAUGACAUUCACGAGAUCAUUCAUGAAUCAAUUCCCGAAGAGGACAAAGGACCGAUAUAUAUUAAGCCCGUGUUUCGCGUUACCACAAAGAAGACUAUUUUCGAUUCCAUCGCAGACAUACUGCAACAAUUAUUGGACCCGCCUAAGAAGGAACUGGGUCCGGUCGUCGGACCUAUCAAGAUGCCGGGAUCCAAGCGCCAGAUCUAUCUACGGCUGUUGGAACCGAUCGAUUCGACUCACGUUAAUGUGCGUUUUGUAACAGAAAUACCGGCUCCUGUGAUCGACGAGGAAUAUCGGGAACACGAAUCUUUCUUACCAUAUUUACCUUUCAUCGAUCCCUCUGUCACGCUUUUGAAGAAACACCCUGUUGAAUCAAGUGACCCAAUAUUCACGAGUUCCUCUAAUCGUCAUCAUUCGAUUCAAAUGUCUCGAAACACUAGCCAUAUUUCUGAUAAAAAUCGAGAACCGCAGCCUAAACCUGUGGUUAAAUCGAAACGUCCUUCAAAGAAUUUCAAGGACAUCAAUAAGGAAAAUGUAUCGCCCGAGCCCGUUGGAGUGGAAGCAGCGAGCGGAGCGGAAAGGGAUAAGAAUCACCACUUGUACUAUCAAUACCAAUCAGGAGAUGACGCCGUGAAACAUGUAACGGAGAUGAUUAAAAAUACAACGGAGAAUGAACAGGAUUCUAUAGAACCCUGGUACCAGUUAACCACACAUCGUUUGCCCCUUCGGCAGAUCGCCCCGUUGUAUCCGCUGUCGGCAAUGGAACACACCGAUUUCAGCUCUUACGAGAAUACGUAUAAAGUACCUAGCGACAGCUACACCUCCCCUAGUCACUAUUCAAGUACGUACGAGCAGUACAGCGAUGUUAACGCAGCACCGGGAUUCUAUCCCGAUCAGUCUUACACCAUUCCGCCUCCUUACUCGACCACUUAUCAGAAACAAAACGAGUUUAGCAACGCCCCGAGCUCCUAUCCGAUCUCUUAUCAAAGUCAAAACGAGUUCAACAACGCCCCAAGUCCCACUUCUUACUUCAAGCAGAACGAUCUUUUCAGUACCCCUACUAUCUAUACUAGUUCUCACGAGAAACCGACCAACGUUCCGUCACUGCCAAGCUCUUAUGCGACCACUUCUCACGAGGCGCGAUACGACGUCCAAACUGGUUCAAGUUCUCAGGAUGCACUUCAUGUCAUUAAUCCACCAGCUUAUCUUAUUGACUCACGACCAGUCUCGAAGAAUCAUGCUAAUAAAGUAUUGGAAUACACUGCGCAUAACGGUGAACAGCUCCCAAUCGAGCAGGUGACAUGGGGAAAAGUGAAACGAGAGAAGAGCGAACCGAAUUUCCAGAAGAGCGAGGAGAUCGUCUUCGACAGCGAUCGCGAGAAAUGGCAGCCGCUAAUGUUCACGUCCGAGGACACGGAUUUGCAAAAGGCGGUCGCUAAUUUGGCGAAGAUCGCGAGCAGUAAUCACUACGAGACCAUCACGAAACAGCAAUUGAUUAAUGCUCCUACGCCGAGCACGAUCGAAACAAAGAGGUUCGAUCAACGACGAAAUGAUAAACGUCACAACCCUCCAGACGCGGCCACUCGAAAUCCAAGAUGUUUAACUUCGGACAAAGGGGAUAAAUGCGAACGAACGGAAUCUACGAGCGUUUUGACGCCUCAACUGGAAACUACUAUCAAAAUCGUGCAGCCACAGUCGGCUACUAAUAUUGAAUCGAUUAUGAUUACUCCAAAACCGGUGGCGAGUACAGUUGAAACUUUGAAAUCGAAUGUCGUCACAAAGAGCAGCUGGGUAGAGGAACCGCAGAAAUUGAUGAUGACGAUCGAGAGUUUUGUGACGAACAGCACGACGGAAAGAUCUCCGACAUUAAUUAAAACGAUUAAGAAUACGACGGAAUCAAUCAGGAGUGAAACGACAUUGAGUGGCUCAAUGUUAAGUAAUUUAUCAAAGAAAUCGCGAGCGAGCAGUACGACGGAAAGAUUGCCGAUAAACGGCACGUCGGAGGCGUCCAUAUCGAAAAAUACCACGAGAAGGCGACAAAUGCGGAAGCGGCCUACGCUAAUGAAAAAACCUAGUUUUGUAUUCAGGGGAACGGAAGCGAAUAGCACGACGCGAAAAUCGACGAUGAGUAGUACGACGGAAGAAACAAAGACAACAAGGCGAUCAAAGUACCGUAGUGCGAUUUCGAAUACAAAAUCAAGUACUACUUGAUAAUUUGUACGUAAUAGCGCAUUUUUUUUUCCUUAGGUGCAAUCAACUGUAGACAGUAAUGCGCGUGUUUAGGCAUUUAAAUACUUAUGCAUUUUACGCGUUAGUCGUGACGACAUGUUUAAUGUGCGAUUUUAUCCAAAAUAGCUUGUGAUCCUUUACGUUUUAGGCAAAAAUCGAAAAAGUAUAUAUUUGCGUGUAUUAACAAAUGUAUGUUUAUAUUCUGCAUAAUCGAUACAAUCGAUUUAGAUAAGCUAUGCUUCAAAGAUUAAGUAUUGUAGCUACGUACUUGUUGCCUUAUUUCUAUCUCAAAAUUAGUUGAAAUGGUUGUCGUAAUUUAAAUUCGAGAUAUUUGUAGAAUCUUUAAAGAGAAUAUUUUAUAGAGUGUGUGUAACUAAGGAUAAUUAUAUUUGAGGAAUUGGAACGGGUUUGGGGACUGAUUAUUUGCAAAAUAAAAAUGACUACACGUUUGUUUUUUUUAUAUUGAACAACAUGAAACAACGAGAGAUACAUUAACAUUUGUAUCUCAUAGUAAAAGGUAUCGUUGUUGUAUUAUUGUUUAAAAGUUAUAUGCAUUAUUUAUCUUAUCAUGUUUUUACGUACAUGGC